GUGUAUAAGAAACAACAAAAUUUGGCACUUGUUUCUCAUCCCUCCAACUGAGACCAACAUAGAUACAGUCAGAUAUAUUUAUACAUACACACAAGGCUUACACUCAGCUCAGAGUGCAGCCUCCACACCGACAAUGGCGUCUUUCUCUUCCACACUCACAACCCCCUCUUUUUUCACCAAACCCACUAACCCCCACCACCCCUCAUCUCCUUCAAACUGUAAACUCCGCACAACUUCUUUCCCACUUCUUUCUUUCAACACCCAACGACGUCGUUUCACUCUAAAGACACCAAUUCCAAAGGCAUCUCUGAAAGAGAAUAUUGGCAGAGUUACUAAAACAUGGAGUGAUUUCACUAGCUUGAAUUAUUGGGUUGUUCGAGAUUAUUAUCGCCUUGUGGAUUUCGUUAAUUCGUUCGAAAAUCGAAUUCAAAAACUUUCUGAUCAACAGCUAACUGCAAAAACUGCUGAGUUUCGAAGGCGGUUGGGAAGUGGAGAGACACUUGCUGAUAUUCAAGCUGAAGCGUUUGCUGUUGUUCGUGAAGCUGCUAAGAGGAAACUUGGCAUGCGCCAUUUUGAUGUCCAGAUUAUUGGUGGUGCUGUGCUUAAUGACGGGUCUAUUGCUGAGAUGAAAACUGGAGAGGGGAAAACAUUGGUUUCGACGUUGGCUGCAUAUCUUAAUGCCUUGACUGGCGAGGGUGUUCAUGUGGUGACCGUCAAUGAUUAUCUUGCUCAACGUGAUGCCGAGUGGAUGGGACGUGUUCAUCGCUUCUUAGGUCUCUCUGUUGGUCUUAUUCAAAGAGGGAUGAAAUCUGAGGAAAGGAGGUCCAACUACAGAUGUGAUAUUACAUACACCAAUAAUUCUGAACUUGGUUUUGACUAUCUAAGAGACAAUCUUGCUGGAAGUAGUGGCCAACUGGUUAUGAGAUGGCCAAAACCGUUUCAUUUUGCAAUAGUUGAUGAAGUUGAUUCCGUCCUAAUCGAUGAGGGGAGAAACCCAUUGCUGAUAAGUGGCGAGGCUAGUAAAGAUGCUGCACGUUAUCCGGUUGCUGCCAAAGUAGCUGAGCUUCUCAUUCGUGGCCUCCAUUACAAUAUAGAGCUUAAGGAUAAUUCAGUGGAGCUGACUGAAGAAGGAAUUAAUUUAGCUGAGAUGGCACUGGAAACAAAAGAUCUAUGGGAUGAGAAUGACCCUUGGGCCAGAUUUGUCAUGAAUGCUCUAAAAGCCAAGGAGUUCUAUCGCCAAGAUGUUCAAUACAUUGUUAAAAACGGGAAAGCUCUUAUUAUAAACGAGUUGACGGGAAGAGUGGAAGAAAAACGGCGAUGGUCAGAGGGCAUUCACCAAGCUGUAGAGGCCAAAGAAGGUCUACAAAUCCAGGCGGAUUCGGUUGUAGUGGCGCAAAUCACAUACCAAUCUUUGUUUAAACUUUAUCCAAAGCUCUCGGGGAUGACAGGAACAGCAAAAACUGAAGAGAAGGAGUUCUUGAAAAUGUUCCAGAUGCCUGUUAUUGAAGUGCCCACAAAUAUGCCAAACAUUCGUAACGAUUUGCCUAUCCAAGCUUUUGCAACUGCGCGCGGUAAAUGGGAAUUUGUACGUGAAGAAGUUGUAAGUAUGUUCAGAGUUGGUCGUCCUGUUUUAGUAGGAACUACUAGUGUCGAGAAUUCAGAAUAUUUGUCUGCUCUUCUUAGGCAAAGCAUGAUCCCUCACAAUGUCCUCAAUGCACGACCAAAGUAUGCUGCCAGAGAGGCUCAAACUGUCGCCCAAGCUGGACGAAAAUAUGCAAUCACAAUAUCUACAAAUAUGGCUGGAAGGGGUACUGACAUCAUAUUGGGAGGUAAUCCAAAGAUGCUUGCACAAGAAGUUAUAGAGGACAGCAUACUUAUGCAUAUGAGUAAUGAAAAUCCUGAUGUUGAGGUUGACGAGCCAAAGUCACAAAAGGUAUUAUCCAAAAUGAAAAUUGGACCAUCAGCAUUAGCUUUGCUAGCUAAGACGGCUCUGAUGGCUAAAUAUGUAUCCAAAAGUGAGAAUAAGAGUUGGACAUAUGAGAAAGCAAAAUCUAUUAUUUUGGAGUCAAUUGAGAUGAGUCAGUCAGUGGGUUUGGAUGAGCUGGAAAGACUUGUAGAGGAACAAGCAGAGAUGUACCCUCUUGGUCCUUGCAUUGCACUUGCCUAUUUGUCAGUGUUAAAGGACUGUGAAAUUCACUGUGUCAAUGAAGGAUUGGAAGUGAAACGACUUGGUGGGCUCCAUGUGAUUGGCACAUCUUUGCAUGAGUCCCGUAGAAUCGAUAAUCAGCUUCGUGGAAGAGCAGGAAGGCAAGGAGAUCCAGGCUCAACACGGUUCAUGGUCAGUUUGCAGGAUGAAAUGUUUCAAAAGUUCAACUUUGACACUGAGUGGGCUGUGAAACUCAUCUCAAGGAUUUCAAAUGAUGAGGAUAUCCCAAUUGAAGGUGACUCAAUUGUUCGUCAGCUUCUGUCUCUCCAAGUUUCGGCUGAAAAGUAUUUUUUUAACAUAAGAAAGAGCCUUGUAGAGUUUGACGAGGUGUUAGAGGUGCAAAGGAAACAUGUUUAUGAUCUCCGACAGUUAAUUUUAACUGGCGAUUUUGAGAGUUGCUCACAUCACAUUUUCCAGUACAUGCAAGCAGUUGUAGAUGAAAUUGUUCUGGCAAAUGUUAAUCCAUUAAAGCAUCCAAAAAGCUGGAACUUAGACAAACUAUUAAAGGAGUUUAUUGCUAUUUCUGGGAAGAUUUUAGAUGAUUCGUGUAUGGGAAUUACCGUGGAAUCCUUAGUGCAAUCACUUGCCAAUGUUCAUGAAAUGAGUGAUGUAGAUAUUAAUGACUUCAGGUUUUCAAAUUUACCUCAACCUCCUAAUGCCUUCAGAGGUAUACGUAAAAAAACUUCUUCACUGAAGCGCUGGCUAGCCAUAUGCUCAGACGAUUCACUCAAAGAGGGAAGAUAUCGAGUUACUGCCAAUCUUCUGCGCAAGUACCUUGGUGAUCUAUUAAUUACUUCAUAUAUGAACAUAAUUGAAGAGUCUGGUUAUGCUGAAGAAUAUGUGAAAGAAGUUGAGAGAGCGGUUCUUGUGAAGUCCCUGGAUUGUUUCUGGAGGGAUCAUCUUGUGAACAUGAAUCGAUUAAAUUCUGCGGUGAAUGUGAGGAGUUUUGGGCACAGGGACCCAUUAGAAGAAUACAAAAUUGAUGGUUGUCGGUUUUUCAUUUCGAUGCUUAGUGCAACACGAAGGUUGACAGUGGAAUCGCUUGUGAGGCACUGGUCAUCUUCAAUGGAGUCUGAAGAAGUAUAUGCACGAUGAUCGUAGAAUUAGAAAGAUUAUAUGCAUAUAUAUACAAUAAUACAAACCACACAUGCAUGUAUUAUAGAAUAGGUCUUACGUUUUAGUCUUCUUGUAGAUUUAGUUGUAACAUUAAUGUCGAACACAAAUUAUUUGGUCAUGUGUUUUUUUGUAUGUAGUCGGAAUUGUUGAUAUAGUUUUGAGAUCAAAAGUGAAUGUACCAUUUACGUACAAAUUUGGUCAGUACUUUCUAAGUUUAAAGAACUCAUCUCAAAUUAUAUAAUACAGUAUCUGUUCUUUUGGAAGUGA